CAGAAGGCUCCGACUAUAUGCAAAUGUUGUGUACGCCAUUUUGAAGACAUAUCAUAGAAGGACUAUCGAGUUCAAUCGAAACAUAUUUGUGCCAUCGGAGGCACUACUGAGGAUAUUAGGUGCCCUGUGAGCCUUAAAAUGGCCACAACAGAUACUAAGAUGUCUACGACCGAAAGGAUCAUUAAAAGUAAGUUUUCACUGUUCCCAUUUGAGUAAGCCAUCUUCCAACCGCCAUAUUAGAAAUCUAUGUCGGCCAUCAUUAGCAUACCCGUUCAGAAAAUUAAGUAAAGAAGUCUUUAGCUGCUCAUGAAAUUUCUCCUGAUGCACGUUUCUUAACGUUAUAUUAGUGCCAAUUUGCAGCAUGCAUCAUAUAAUAGUUUUCAGAUUCCACUCUAAGACUACUCACCAGAAGUCUUUAUCUAUAGUCUAUAGUCUAUAAAUAUUGAAUCUGACACUGCACUGAUGGCGACAGCCAGUAAACAGGAUUAAAAAAAUAAAUGUAUUUUUAAAUGAACCAACCCCCUUAAAUUGUCUAAUUAAUUUCUAUCUAAUAAGUCAUUGAACUAGCAAUGACUUGUUACAAUUUUAAUUUGAAAAACCUUCCCAUCACGAGGAAGGCUGGGGAAGGCUAAAUUGGGAUUAUUUUCAUUUUGUUUAUAGUUUAAAUCUAGCCUGCAUCCUACAUUUACAUUCAUUGGCCUAAAAAUAAAUUUACUUCUUAACUUGAAUAAACUCAGACUCAACUGUUCUACCUCUUGAUUAUCACAUGCCAUAAAAAUGACAUACAUAUGAACUUUCUGAAAUUAGUGGAUAAUGUUGAAUCAAUUAAUGAUAAACUGUGACUGUAGACUGUAACUGUACUAGACUGUAGGUCUAACUCUGAUUCUAAUGAAGGCUAAUGUCGAAAUGAUAAAAAAAUUUAGUAUGUUAAGUAAGAUGGGUUUACAGAAGUGAAGUGACUGGGUGGGAUGAGUUGAGCUCUUUAAAUUAAAAAUAAUUGUGGCUUCUCAUUCUCAGAGCUCAAUUUGUUAUUGUGGCAAUACACAUGACACAUGUCAACAACAACCAACAUUUCCUGUUUCCAUCCUCUCGUUGACAACAUGCCGUUGUCACCAGAUACAGAUAACUAAAUCUAUCAAUAUGUCUGAUAUAAAUGUCUUUAACAAAAAAAAAAAACUAAGCUGGGAGAAUGUUCUCUUUCUUUGUCAUUGGUGUUCUGGCAUCUGACCCAACAAUUCACUAUUAAAAUAUAUUCAAAAUAAUAAACAUAUAAAUUUUAGGAUAUCUCUUUGCCUUAUACUUAUAGAUGGUUUUACUAAUUUUAUUGGUUUAGCUCUUAAAUAUUCUUGGUUUUUCCCCCUUUUUUGUGCUCGGUUUGAGUGACCUCAGUAAUUUAAACUUCUGUAAAUCAAAGACUCUAACAAUAGUGGCAUGUUAUAUACCAAUAGAUUCACAAUUGAAUUAUCUUUAAAUUGAUAUAAAAAAUAAUAUAAUUUUUAAAAUGGUUUUUGAUAAAAAUUUAUUGGAUCGAGUUAUUUUUACCCACAAAUUUAAAUGAAAAUUACAAUAUGACACAAACAGUAUGAAAGAAAAAAAAAAGUGUUUCUUACAAACUUAAAAUCUUUAUUAUGGCCAUAAACAAUUACCAUUUGUACAAAACAUAUUGCAAUUUCAAAGAAUUUCACUCAAAUUUAAAAUAAUGAGACGAUUUUUAAAAAUGUAUAAUGAAAUCAUGAAAAUGAAAGAAUUUUUUUUUUUUUUUACAUUUUUAAGAGAAUUUCUAAUUUUAACUUGGGAGUGUUCUUAUAACUAAAACCAUAGUUGUUUGAUAUACAAAUCUGAAUAAUGAUACUAUUAAUAAUAAAAUAUUUUAAAAAAAAUAUAUAUUUAUGAUUUGAACAAAACAUUUUAAAUUAUUUUUUGUGAUAUAAAAGAAGACAAUUUCUGUCCUCUUGAAAGCACAAAAAAGUACCACAACCAUUGCAAUAUACCCUUGUUCUUCUCUGUAGUUUAUAAAGUGCAUAACAAUAUUUACAAAUUUUUCUUUUAUUUGAUGGAACCAUAGUUGGCAAUAUGGUAUGACAUGUCAUUUCAAUCUUAGGUUUUAUUGCACUGACCACUGGAGCAAAAUCAUCUAUGUUUGCCAACUGUCUUAUUAGUUCAACUGUAAAAUCCAGUUGACUAAAUGAUGGUGGCCUUUUUAAAAUUUCAAGAUCAGGAUUUUGCAUUCUCCAAUCUUGAAAUAAUAUAUAACUAUUAACCCUAGCAAUAUCAAUGAAAUGAAAAAAUAAAGUUUUCCACCACUUAUUUGUCUUCCUGAGCAUAUUAUAUUUAUUUAAAAGCUGAUCACUCUUAUCUACCCCUCCCAUACUAAUAUUAUAAUCCCUUACUAAUACAGGUUGCCUAACUUCUAACUUUUCAAAAACUCCUUUAUUUUUAUUUCUCCUAAAUACAUUAUUAAAUUCAUUAGCCUUAUGAAUAGUAGAAACUAACGAUACAGUUUUAUUGUCCUUCCACUGCAUUGCUAGCACUUCUUCUUUCCUAACCCACCUCAUAUCCCCUCUCUUGCUGGUCUUUUCCCAUUGUUUUAUAUUUUUUAAUUCAGGUGGAAAGCCUUUCCUACUUGAAAUUAUAGUCCCACAUGCUGAUAUACCUUUCUUUAAAAGGUCAGUCAGCAAAGCAAAACUUGAAUAAAAAUUGUCAAAAUAUAAAGAAUAACCCUGGUUGAUAAGGGAAGAUACUAAUUUCAUAACAACCCCAUAAGCUAAACCUAAAGUAGGAACAUUGCCAGUUUUACCUAAAUAAAUGUCAAAAUCAUAAGUAUACCCCGAAAUUGAAUCUGCGAGAACCCAUAAUUUCAUUCCCCACUUAGUUGGUUUAUCUCUAAUAUAUUGGCGAAAUGAGUAUCUUCCCUUAUUUCUCACCAUUCUUUCAUCAAUUGAAAUAUUAGGCCCUGGUUGAUACAGUUUCAUGCACUUCCUUCUAAUGAAGUCAAACAAAAAUCUAACUUUACAAAGUUUAUCAUUGGUUACCUCAGUAUUCCGGUUCGAAACUUUUAGAAAACAUAAUAUUUGUUGAAAUCUAAACCUUGUCAUAAAUUGUCUAGCCCAUAAUCCAUUGAAUAAUGAUUUCUUGCUCCAAUAACAUUUGACAUUUGGUGCUUGCACAAGUCCCAUGUACAUGAGAAGGCCCAUGAAUGUUAAUAGCUCUUGAUUGUUUAUAUCUAUCCAGUUUUUGAACAUUGAGGGUUUAGUGGGUCCCAUGGCAGUUGCAUUGUCAUUGGUAUAUUUGCAGAGUGUCUCCAGUAAUGCUUCUGUAAAGAAUAAUUUGAAAAUUGAAAGAGGAGUAAGAUAUUUCUUCCUCUCAUCUCUGGUUGUUGAUUCGGGGAAAUGGGCACCAGGUGGUCGUUCAGGCUUGAAUGCAGGAAUGGGCUUGGGGGGUCCAGGGUCAAAAUCAUCAUAACUGUGAAAUAAAAAUAGAUGUAUAAACUUUAGAUAUAGAAUUGAAAAGAAGUGUUUAUAUAAUUAAACACAAUUAAAUACACAACAAUGUUCAAUGUUACAACUAAUGUCCGGAAAAUUAUAACCUUAUCAUGAAGCAUGUUAUAAUACCAAUCGAAAUACUGAUUUCACUUUGUAGCGUAACCAAUGUAAACAAAGAGAAAUGUCAUUUGUUAUGGAUUUGGGAAAAAAAUUAUAAUAAAAUAAAUUCUUUAUAAAAAAGAAAAAGAAAAAAGGAUAUAUUACUAAAAUGAAUGUUCUAUAAUUCUAUAUAUGGCAUUGCUACCGUAUGCAAACGUAACUGCAGUAAAAUCAAUUUAAACUGUGAUCUGUCAGACGAGUGGAAGAAAACUGUAACAAAGAAAAAACUAUUACCUUCGAUAGUGAACUUGUCCACCGGUAAAAGGCAAGACAUUCUCAAUAUCACUGUCGUUUUCUUCCUCCUCUCCAACAGAAGUUUCAUCUUCACUUGAAAUAUAACUAAUUUCUUCAUCAGGUGACGAAUAUUCAGCCAUAAUUUUAAAAUAUUGCCAUCGACUCGUCUCGUGAAAAGUUGAAAUGAUUGUAAAGAUGGCGGACGGGAAUUGCGUAGCGUCGAAAAAUAACACGCGGAUCGGAGCAAAUUUUUUCAAAUUAAAAAUGUUAAUACAAACUUAAAAUCGUAUUUUUUAAUUAAUUUGUCCAUUAAAUUAAAGAUAAAAGAUAAAAAUAACUUCGGUUUAUAAAAAGGUUAGAAAAAAAUCAAGUUUGAAUCCAUCAGGCACCGGUGUCCGAUAAGUCAAUUCAACAUAAGUCAAUUCAACGUACCUUGAGAGUUAACAUUAAUACACAUGGACUGAUAAUAGCCAGGCAGAUAUUAUGUCAUGAAACAUGAGUAGUGACUGAAUACCUUAGUACUCUUUUUCACAUACUUAGAACAAAUACUUUCAUUUGUGAAUGAAAUAAUGAAAUUUCAGGAGUCAUGCAAUGACCACAUAUCAGAAUUGGCAUUAUCACUGGGUUCCACUGUAUCUGAUUUUUUUUCAUGUUUGUGUAUUUUUGCUGGAUAUUUUAAAUGUGCAUUUAUUCGAAAUUUGAUAAAAACACCAAACAAUAGUGGCGGCAAUAGAUGAAAUUCCUCACUUCUAAAGGUACUUGACAAAACCUACAUUGAAGUAACGCACUUGUAAUAAUCACAAUUAGUGCUAACGUCCUAGAAUUUUAUGUUAAAAUAUGACGUUAAAUAAAUGAAUAGCUUACAGAUAUUUCUUUUUCAACCAAUUAAAAAACCCCAUCACUUUUAACAAUGUGGCCAUCUUUUUUUCUGUGUUUAUCUUGGCGUCAGCAAGGAUGAAUUUCUCUUUUCAAACUUGUAAGUUGAACUUUAAUUGAACGACGAAUCGAACAUUUCCAUUUUAACUUAUUGCAUAUUAAUUGUAACGAUUGUUAGGUUAUGUUUUUGAUGCGAAUAAUGCCAGUAAAGAACGGGAAAUUAUCAUUCUCAUCGUUCAGGUCAAACUGUUUUCCUGUCACCCAAGUCCAGUGUUGGGGUUCCCCAAAGUGGCGUCACUGCACGUUGGGUGAGAUAACUCAUGGCAAAACCCAUGCCGCUAACUUCACUUUUACCAAACAAAAUCAUUGAAACUGAGUAAAUAGUGAACAUUCAUUUUUUUAAAUGAUAGCAUAAAUUAAUAAGUAUCAAAGAAAAAUUUUUGUUUACUGGUAAUAAUGUUAAUUCAGUAUUAUGUUAAACUUUAAUCAACAGAAUUUGGUGGUGCAGUCCAUACUACUGGACCUAGUAAUAUAAUAGUUACCUAGUAAUAUACCGUAAAUAGGGGCAAGGGGAUUUUCAAAUAUUUUUAUGAUUAUUCAUAGUUCAAAUAUUACUAAAGCUUGUAGUAGAUUUUUUUUAUCCAUAAAACUGUAUUCUAUUUAAUUUUUAUAUUUAAUCAUUACUUUUCUUUGUCGCCGCUAUAGCCACAUUCAAUGAUUCAACGCUCAUCUUAAGCGCAAUAACCUCACUUGGGGAACCCCAAAAGUUGAUCCUGAACGAAGUGAAUAACAGUCCAUUUUAGCGUUUUUCAUGUCUCGAGUCAUAAACAUAAUUUUCAGGGGAAACCCUACCGCCAUUUCCAAUACAAAAAUAAAAACUUUUUAUCAAAUAAAUACAAAGCUAAAAUUUGAAAUCUUUUGAGUUGACCUAGGGAACCUUGUGGUGAAAUGACUUUGUGGGUGGGUGUGAGGGAUAACAGUAUGUAUGAGUUUCACACCUGCUUGUUUCUAGGGGUUUCAUGUUAUAUCAGUUUGACGCAUUAAGGGACAUAAUUAUCAUAUUCAAUCAUUUAUACCUAGACUUCAUAAUACAAUUUCAUAAAUAAAAUGUACUUAUUAACAAGGAUUCAAAUAUAAUCUAUAAUAGCUAAGGAUGGAACGAGCAGGUUAACAGUGUGUGCAACUGGGCAAACAAGACCCUGGGGUUCUUAAUGCGCAAUCUGAAAAUCGGCAACUUAAGCGUGAAAGAAAAAGCCUAUAAAGCCUUUGUCUGGCCUCUAUAAUAGUACGCUUCUACAGUCUGGGACCCAUUUACCCAGAAAAACAUCCACAAGUUGGAGGCGGUCCAGUGACGGGCAGCACGCUUUGUCCUGAACCGCUACAAGAUCAAAAAUGGGCUGGUUCACUGCUCCGGCAUCAAACAGAAACUCGUUCAUCUUCCCCCUAGACAGCGACGAGGCCACAACAGACAGUUCCAGCUGGUAAAAAGCUGGUAAAACAAGAACAAAGUUCAGGAGCUCCUCAUUCCUGCCGUAGACAAUAGGCGUACUGGAAAAAGCUUCCAAAAGCAACAGUUGAGGCGGCUACACUCGAAUUUUGUGUCUAUUGCCUCCUGUAUUCCAACCCCCAGUUCGUAACACCACGGCUGAGUAGCCCUUGCAACCAGUGAAGUAUCCCCUUGAAACCCAUGCACAGUAACAUUGCAAACCCCUCUGAAACAUACGAGCCAGAAUGAUCAAUUCAUUGAUCGUGGGCCCUCAAAAUAAAGAAGAAGAAGAAAGUGUGAAGAAACAACUUUCAUAUAAUUUAUUGAUCUAUAUUAUAUACAUUUGCCUCCUGUAAUGCCUAACAUUCAUCAUAAUAGUCGCUUCGCUUUCUAUCAGAAUUCUGUGCCAUCAGACCGUUACUAUAAUUUUUGAUGAUCUGGCUAAAUCGGACAAUAGUGAGAUGACUUCAAUGUUAGAAGUGGGUUAUCCAGUCCUUUCCCUCGUGGCUUCUCAGCGCGGACGUCACAGCAGUUUUGGAAUAGCUCAUCACUUGUAUGUUGUGAUGUGUGUGUUGACUUAUCAGCCAUGUGUCUGUUGUGAGUGUAGAGUCCUAUCAGCACACAGUCCUAUCGCUACAGGUUUACAGUUUUUCUAGAUGUAUUCUGUGCAGUGUUCAGAAUCAGACCUCAAGGAAUUGAUCCUCAAACCAGCUGCUAAGGGGUGGUAAUUUCUUGCAAUACGGCUAUUUAGAUGUGUAAUAAAAUUUCAGCGGGCUAAAAACAGCUCACCUGUCACAAGUUGGUUCUAACCGGUUUCUCUUUGGCGAGUAUAUAUUGCCACAUACACUAAAAAUUCUCUCGCUCUCUACUGAAGAAGGCGGAGCAAAUAAAUACUUUCUUGAGAGGAGAGCCAAACUUGGAAGUUCUUCUUUGUUUGCUUUCCACCAGCUUAGAGGAUUCUCAUUGUUUGCAAUCAGUUUAAAUUGAUAUUUCUGUUCUAAUUUUAAUACUUGCUGCUGAAAAUUGACUUGUUGUGGUUGUAGCAUUUGUAUUGCUUGUUUCUUGUUGAUUGGGUUUCUUUUUCAUAUGAGAAAAUCACUUAUCAAAACUGAAAUUGAAUUCCACAUUUUGCUCAUCACUGCCUGCUGAAUCUGAAGAAUCAGGAAGACUGGCAGUUCACUGUGACUAUACUUUAUGCUAUUUGACAGGUCUUCCGACAGCCAUACAGCAAGCGCUUCAUCCGCAGUUUUGCCAUUAUAUUCUUGUUCAAGGAACUUAUCUUUAAAUCGUGGAUCAAGGAAGGUGGUAAGAAUGAAGUUUUUAUCAUUAAUGUAGGAGCUUAAUCUAAGUUCAACUGAUGAUUUCCAUGAUGAUAAUGUAGAUCCCAAGCCAGAGAACAGUCAUUUUGAUUCUGCAGAUUCAAAACAGUGCCUGAUCACUUUGAUGUUUGGAAUUAUCAAUGCAGCUGUUGCAUCCCGGGUGCUCAUAAAAUUGGUGCAAUCUUCAAAGUUUUUCAAUAUUUUUUUAAGCUUUUUCCAACAAUUUCCACUGACUACUUUCCAAACACGCUGGUUUUGAAUGCUCACUGCAAUAUGCAAUGAGAGCUGCCUUUUGUUCAAGUAUCCUAUUCAUCAUUAGGUUCUGACUGUUCCAUCUUGUUUGUACAUCCUGUAUAAAUCUGUGUGCAGAUACUUUGAACUGUUUUUGAUACUCUUGAUAUUUAGUAAAUGCUGAAGGGGAAUGGUGAAAAUGUCCUACAAUGUGUUUGCAGACAGCAGUAACAUCUUUGACAUAACGCUGCUCAAAUAUGGCAUCAUUUAGUACCAGCUGUAAGGUGUGCGUAAAGCAUGGCAAUGAUUGUUAAUUUGCUUGGGUAAUUCCUGCUACCAUGUUAGCUACAUUGUCUCUCACCACAAGAUGGACUUUUCUACUGCUUAGGUUACAUUUUUGCAUUGUAUAUAAUAUGUUUUCACAUAUAUUGACAGCAGUGUUUUUAUCAUUAAAUGGCGUGACUUGUAAAAUGGCACAUCUUAACUCAUAGUUAUCAUUAAUCCAGUGAGCUGUAAAGCUUAUAAAUGAUGAAUUAGAAGUGCUUGCAGUCCAACAGUCUCUUGUCAAUGAAAUAAAAAGCACUGAAUUCAUUUCAAGCUGUAAUUUCUUCAAAACUUUAUCAUAAAUUUCUUGAAAGACAGUUUCUUUAAUAAAUUUCCUGGAGGGCAUUUCAUAACUGGAACACAUUGUUUUUAACAACCUUAUGAACCCAAUGUCUUCAACAAUUGAAAAUGGUUGAAGGUCAGCUACUAUCAUUUCUGCAAUAUGUUUGUGUACCUUUUCAGUCUUACAGUCUUUAAUACUCCAUGGUUUUGACAGAUCUAGAGAUGCUUGUAAUGUCAGUUGCCUCAUUGUUUCUUUUUUUAUUCUCUGGACUUUGCUGCUUGUAGCUGGAAACAAUGUUGCUUGCUUUCUCUUUUUUUUCUUCUGGUCUUCAUCCUUUCUUUUGAUUUUUUCAUAUUGGAACUCUUCUCUAUGUUUGGCUUCUAAGUGCUUCAGCACUUGUCAAGCAUCCUUGUUUAUUUCCUCUUGAUAUUCUUUGAUCACACACAUUACAUUUUGCUUUUGUUGAAUCUCCAGAGUCGACUGAAAAAAAUCCAUGCUAAACUUUUUGCCGCCACUUGCCAUGAUUAAUUUGGGCUCUGAAAGAAAAUGAAUAUAAAUUAAUAAAUAAUAAUUUAAUAAUAUAAAUUUUUUUUCUGUUAUUUGUUAACAGCAUCAUUUAAUGAAUUAUAACUGCUUUUUUUCUUAAUGUAGGUCUACCCAGCCUACUGUAUUCUUAAUAAGCUAUUCAAUAGCUUUAAAUUCCUCCCUCCGCCCCUGCCUGCCUGUGGUGUUUUUUCUUUUUUUUUUUUUUUUUUUACUGUUCUGAUUUGUGAAUGAAUAAAACUGGGCUAUUCCAUUGCUUAGCCCUCCCCCUCUCACCAUCAAUAAUAUCAAUACCUUCCUCCACCCUUUGCCCAUUUAACUGAAGUCCAGUCAGUGAUCAUUUUCACCUGGGGUCAGGGGUCAACACAGUGGAAAAACAUGGACUAUUAGAUGUGUUGGCAGUGUACUUGUAAAGGUCAAGGCCUAUCUGAAUCAAACAACUCAAAUUAUUGUCACUAAAUUAGAUCAUUUAAGAUUUGUAAUGACUCGGAACAAAUUGACUGAUUGUUAAAUAUAAAUAAAAGAGCUCUAAAUUGAUACUAUGUGGUAAAAAAUGGAGAUAAAUCAUUCAAGUUUAUUAAAAAAAAUUAAAGCCUAACAAAAUUGGUUUUAAAAUAAACAUUUAAAAAAUUCGACCGCAACUUACCUACUUUAGAAAAAGUUCGCCGACCCAGGAACAGAUUUCGCCACCUAAAAUAAAUAAAAAAUCGGAUUCUUCAUACCUAUUUUAUUAAUUUAUAAUUUAUACUUUUUAAAAUGUUUUAUAAUUGAUUUUAACAAAAACUUACGAAAAAAUCAGAAAAACGGGGCACCUUACCUUCGAAAUGCUUUAUUUUUCAAAGUAUUUAUCACUGCUAGCUUAUUGACUAUUAUAUAGUACAGCAAAAAGUUUUUUACAUUUUGCUGAUAACAUGUGGUUUUAAAUAAACUUCCUGCCGGUAAUUAAAAAUCUCGGAAAAAAAUAAAGAGUAUGAUAACUCGAAACAAACUUUGCGCUGUCACCAGCUUACGGCAGUUAAUCAGUUAAGAGUCGUUUUGGUAUCGGAAUCGAGUCUGCAUUAUUCAGCUCCAAUACCGAUUCCCGAUGCUUUGGAAAAUCCCGAUAUUUCAAUUAUUCCAAUACGAUUCCGAUUAAUCGUCCCAUCACUAGAAUUCAAUACCCCAUUCAGGCCCAAGACUCACUUUUUUUUUUUUUUUAAAUUCGCCAAGAUCCUUUUAAAAAAACUCAUAAAUUAUCAUGAUCUUGGGAAAUAUUUUGACCAAAUCUUAGGAAUUAAAAAAAAUUUAGGGGCAGCCCUGCUCCCCACUUUUUUUCAGUCAUCUACUUCUGUUUAUGACCUUUUUUUAGACAUGCAAUGCAUAUUAUUAUUGUAUUUUAUACAUAAUACUGUAUGUUUCGUUUAUUUCCUAUAAUAAUAGAGCAUUGUUCAAUGUUUGUGAAAUGGAUCUUUGACAAUAAGUUGCUUACUGCUGGUUUUGGCAUCGAUUUUUGCUGACUCUGGAAUUAAAAAACUUAAAGAUGAAACUUUCUGUAUUUGUUCAUUCUCUAUCCGGUUCGCUUAGUAACAUCUCUAUAAAUUAACGAAUAAAUAGAUAUAUAGCAUUGAAUUAUGUUGUCCUUGGUAUUACAGAAAAGUCCUUUGCCUCUUUAUUAUGAUGACAAUGUGACAUCCUUGGUAAUUGAAAGUAUGUGAUUGUGACGUUGUGUUGAAAGUCAGCGCUAAUGAACUGGUUAAGUAGAUUCAGUCAAUCUUGAGGGCACAAAUUCCUUAUUCUUCUAGGGGAUGUCUGGAAACCGGAAAACUGCAUUAUUCUUGCACAUUACUAUAUUUAAUAAUUCAUAAAACCAAUAGUUCAUAAGCCAACCACCUUAGCUUUGGUUAGGAAAAGCCUGAAACAGGGCCGGCCCUAACAAUUGUAGGGCCCUAAGCGAAACGGAUUGCGCGGGGCCCAGGCUGGGUAGGGAUAAGGAUAAUAAGUGAAAAUUAAGAUUUUGUAUUAGAAAAAAAAGUGCAGGGCCCACUGCGCCCGCAUAGGUUGCAGUGGCCUAAGGCCGGCCUGGCCUGAAAAGUGUGUAACCCACUCAUAAGUUGACCCCAUAAAGUUAUAUGCCAGUGUCAGAAUUUUUGUAAAGAACAGUCAAGUGUGCAAGUCUCUAAGGUGCUUAUUACGUUUUCACUGAGAAAUAUUUUUUUCCCAUCUAUUCAGGACAUGUGUCUCAUUUUUCAUAUCAGUAAACAAAACAAAAAACAACUUCCAGUAGCUUGAUAUGGUAUCUCAUGUCUCAAUUUCCUGCCCAUUCUUUCUCUCAAACCAUAUAUUUUAGGUUCUCCCAUUAAGCGAAUGCUUGGGGUGAAUAUGUACACAAAGACUGAUUAGAUGAUUAAUUUUUUGAGCAUUCAAAUAGUGAAGAUUUUAUAUUUAAAAAUGUUCGAUUUUGGGAAUUGCUUGCAUUAUAGGCGGAAUAGUCUAAUUUACCAUGGUCAUAACUAGGAUGUUAUGACUAGAUGAUACACCCCUCCAGGACAAAAAGCUUCAUAUUUUAUUUACAAAAAGCUCAUAUCUUUUUAAUAGAAAUGUCAUAACUGCCGAUAUAAUCAACAGUGAGCAAAUGGUCAUUAAAAGUGCAAAUUAUUAAAUGUAUCUUGGUUAUGGGGAAAUCACUCUACAAAAAUGAGUUUGCUUCCUAUUUACUUUUCUGUGUUAAAAUGCUUUUAUCAGGCUUGUUGUGAUUAGUGGGGUGUGAAAUUUGCUCAAUUUUAUUACUGCCAUUGUCAGAAGCUGGAGAGGGUCUGCCUCUAAAAUCAACACAGAAAUUCUUUAUUGGAAUUAUUUUGCAUGGUUUAAAAUGAAAGCUAUGGUACAUACACUUCAAGACACUGUUUUAUACAAAUUUGAUAUAACCCUUUGACCCCCGCCAUCCCGCUUUAUCUGUAUGCACCUUAAAAAUCCACACACCAUAGAUCGACAGUCCCCUAUAUAAAAUAUGUUAUAAAGACUGAGUUCAGAGCUUAUCACAUAACUUGCGAAAGGUCAUAGUUAUGGCCGCGCCCAUGAAUGUAUUGUUAUGUUUUAGUAAUGUUUUUCGAUGUAUAGGAGUGACGAAAAUACACAGAUUGCUAUUCUAAAGGGCCCAAACCAGAGUAGUUUUUUGAUAAUUUAAAUUAUUCAAAGGAUUAUUAUUGUGUUUUGAAAAAGGCCUGAAAUAAAGCAAAGGAUCGAUUACUUCAGCUUCUAGUGCUAUAGAUGUGUACUUUGGGAAUAAAAUAAAAAAACACAAGGUCUACUUCUAGUCCAAGCUAAGGCUUUUAUGAAAAUCAGGGUCCUAUAAAUGACCUUUUAUACUAUUCUAGAAAAUUUCUAAGACAGUUUUCAAAUAUGAUUUUAUCAACACAAUGAUACUAUUGUGUUUCUUUAAAUUUGGGAUUGAAGAAAGCUAUACUGUAGUUUUCUCUUUCUUUACCUUAAACUUAAAAAGGAAAACACCACACACAUUGAAGCUGUGAUUAAAUAUUUUCAUAAUACAACUUGAUGACUUAUAACUUCGAUAGAGAUUGAUUUCAUGGGAACAAAACUACCAAAUUUAUUGCUGUAAUUAUUUUUAAAAGUUAUGACUUUUUAAAAAAUAUUGGAACGAUGUCAGUUAAUGCACUUAAAUGUGCAUUUUUGAAAAUCUAUAUAUUUUAAGUCAUUUAGUUAAAACUUUCAUAUUGAUUGUACAAACAGUUAGUAAUUAUUAGUACAAGCUCAGCUUUUUCAGUGGUCACUUCUUUGAAGUCACUGAUUUAAAAAAAGCUUAUUAACACAAAUUUAAGCGGAAGCACAAUUUUACAAAUUAUGUAAAUGGAGAUGUCAAUUUUAACACAUUUUUUAAAAAGUCUAAAUUAGCUAGAAACAUCUUGAGAUCAUGUGAAUGAAAAUUUAAAGUUCAUGUGUGUGUAAUAAACCGGCAAAAUAUAAAUUAUAAUUAACCAGAAUUACUUUAACUUAGGGUAUUUGCAAAAACUUAACCUGGUAAGCUAUUUCAAUAUGCUUUUCUAUGCGUUUUAGAAAUUUUUUUGUACUUUUAAUAUGAAAUAAACAUUAAGAAAUGCUUAUGAAAUUGAAAUAUUCUAAUAAGGGGUACUUUCAAACCCCUAAUUGAGAAUUUCCAGCUUUAUAAAAAUCAUUGAUUAAAAAAAAUAUUUAAAAUUUAGUAAAUUAAGCUGCAAUUCAGUAUGGGUAGUGAAAAUUAUAUUUUAACGCAUAUAUACCUAAUACAUAGGUUUGAAGUCUAGUGUUUGAUUUUCUUUCUUUUUUUUUUUAUAAGUCUGGUUUAAUGGGGUGCUGAAAGUUUCAGAGUCUGGGAACAUUGCCUUAAACUGGUAAAUUAUUUACUCAAUAUAUUGAAUAUUCUCAUCCACUGAUAUAUGAAAUAAUCAAAUUGAAAUAUACAAUAUUUUCACUGCCUCUCUUUUGCCACUUUUUUAAAAGGCCAAUUUUUUUAACAGACUACUAAUUUUAAAAUGUAGUUUAACUAAAGCAAUAAUAUUAACUUUUUACCAUUGUAGAAUGCAUCUUACCAUAUAAUUUUAAUUUCUAAAAUGCCAUAACUCUGGCAAAAUAAUAAUUCCACCCAAAGUAAAUUCUUCUUACGAGUAAUAAAUAUUAAGCAUUAAAAUAUUUUAUUACAUAAAAUAUGCAUUCCCUUCUUUUAUUAUCAUAAAUUAAAUGCAGAGGACUUAAAAAGAAGAUAAUCAACUUUCUGUGUAUAAACAGUCUUGGUAACUCCUGCUAUAACAAUAAUAUUUUUCCUAAUAUGGAAGUUGUUCAUUUGUUUUUUUGUUGUUUUUUUUUUUGUUGUUAGGUGUUCCUUUUCCACCUAGUCACAGAGUGAGUAUGAGUGAAGCUUUUGAUGCUAAAGGCAAACCCAGGCCAGAUGCUCUCAAGCAACAUUUCAUUUUAGAAGGCAGAGUAACAGAAGAUGUGGCUUUACGUAUUAUCAACGAAGGUGCUGCGCUUUUGAGACAAGAAAAAACAAUGAUUGACAUUGAAGCUCCUGUUACUGGUAUAUACCCUUGAAUUUCUCGUAAUGUACCGACAUAGUUUAGGAACAAGAAGCUCAGAAGAAGAAAAAAGUUAAUAUAUUCUCUUACAUUAAUUUUUCGUUGUGAGAAAACUCUUUUAAGUUUGAGCAUACAAUGGUCGGUGGGCUUUUAUUUAAAUAACUUAAGUGGUGUUAAUAUUAUUUUAUUAUUUUUCAGUUUGUGGUGACAUCCAUGGUCAGUUUUUUGAUUUGAUGAAACUGUUUGAAGUUGGUGGGCCCCCUGCAUCGACACGCUAUCUCUUCUUAGGAGAUUAUGUAGACAGAGGUUAUUUUAGCAUAGAGGUUUGUUUUAUUUUUAUGUUGAUUUUAUUUAUAUUUUUUGCAUGCGCCAUCAAAUUGUUGCUAAGCUCUAAGUUGUAGUCCAGAUUGGUGAUGUGCCUCUUACAUUUUUAUUCAUCAGUAGUUCUUAGUAGUUAUAGAGUCUGUUAUAUAUAUAUAUAAUCAUCUGGUUUGAGGUUCAUUUCUUUUCAUAAUUUUAAAGCAUGCUAUUCAUAUAUUUUGUUAAACAUGUUUCAAAUUUCUUAUGACACUUUUUCAGUGUGUACUUUACUUGUGGGCUUUAAAAAUAUUAUAUCCAACAACAUUCUUCCUGUUGCGAGGCAAUCAUGAAUGUAGACAUCUUACGGAAUAUUUCACAUUUAAACAAGAAUGUGAGUAAAUUUAAUUUUUGAGAUUAUUGAAUAAUCACCUGGAUCAUUAUUUUCCUUCAGCUUAUUUAUCCCCACAGAACAAAUUCAUUUAACUCUAGACCACUUUUAAUUAUUUGUUAUUACUAUAUUCCACAUUGCUGGAUUUUAGGACCACAUAUAGUUGAGGCAUUUUCUCACAGCCAAAUUAUUUUUUAAACAUAUCUAAAUUAUAAUUUAUAUGCAUGACUACUCAAUUGUAAUUUGUAUUCUUUUAGGUAAAAUCAAAUACACAGAGAGAGUUUAUGAUGCUUGUAUGGAAGCCUUUGAUUGUCUGCCCCUCUCUGCUUUGAUGAAUCAACAAUUUCUUUGUGUCCAUGGAGGACUUUCACCUGAAAUUCAUACCUUAGAUGAUAUCCGGAAGGUGAGUCGGUUAAUCAAUUUUUUUUUUUUUGAAGAUUAUAAAAGUUGAAGAAUGAAAUUGCAAUCAUUUUCUUGAAAUGGAUAAAGAAAAAUAUUUAUAUUUAUAGUUAAGUUUUCCCUUACAUUCUACUUAGAUUUUACUUAAAUUACUAAAGAGAAUUGCUUUGUAGGUUGCUAAUAGUCUUCAAAGUGAUAUGUACAACCUGACCCUCACUGGCACUUAAAAAUAGCUAUAACCUGAAAGUGUGAAUGGAAAAAUUAGCAUUGUGAUACAUAGUGAAACCUUGCCUAUAGCCGAUUAUUGGGAUCCAUAAAUUUAGAUUGCAUUCAUAGUGGUAUUGUGUUUAUGCUGGGUUUAGGAAUUUUUACUUUUUCUGAGAUCAUGUACAAGUCUGCAUGACGAUGUAAAACAAAAUUUGGUUAUUAUAAUUAUUGGAUAAUAUAUAUAAGGCAGAUAUCAGAAACCUUAUGGCAGAAGCGAGCAAAAUUAAGACUUCUAAUUCAUUCUGCCUGCUAAUAACUUAUAAUUCUUCCAUUUAAGACACAUUUUUUAGUAAUUUAUAUAUUUUUUGUGUCUUCCGCAGUCUGGCAACAACUAUCUGUCAUUAAUCACAUUUGAAUAUUAAUUUCCAAGUGUUUGUGUUACUGUUACUUUACGCUUCUAGUGGAAUUGUUUUAAUUUAGAUUUAUUUUCAAAUUUCAGCUGGAUAGAUUCAAAGAGCCACCAGCAUUUGGUCCUAUGUGUGACUUGUUAUGGUCUGAUCCAUUGGAGGACUUUGGAAAUGAAAAGUCUUCUGAACACUUCACGCACAACACUGUCAGAGGUUGCUCAUAUUUCUAUAGGUGAUUAUUUUAACAAUUAAAUUGGAUCAUUCUUCUUUAUUAUUUAAAUGGGUAUGUUUUUUCAUAUCUUAAAAGUAAAAUCCAACUUAGGAAAAAUAAUUUUUUGAUACACUCCUAAAGCAUAAUUUUUUUUGGUCAUUUCCACUUAUUAUAUAUUUUUUGUGCUGAUUUGUUCUGUUUCUUUUUUAAAACAUAAUUUUUUUUUACUUUCUCCUUUCCUAUAGCUAUGCAGCAUGUUGUGAUUUCUUGCAACAGAACAAUUUGUUGUCUAUAAUUCGUGCCCAUGAGGCACAAGAUGCAGGGUAAGGAACAGCAGAUAAAAAUAUGUCCUUUUCAAAUCACUUUUUAGGAGUAACACUAAUGUUAAUCAUCAAUUUUGUAAUUAUUUUAAAAUUCUAAUAUAUUUGUUUUUAAAUAAAAAAUUAAAAAGACUAAUUAUCUGAUUCUACAACUUCAUCUUUCAUUAGGUAUAGAAUGUAUAGAAAGAGCCAGACUACAGGUUUUCCUUCUUUGAUAACAAUAUUUUCAGCACCAAAUUAUCUAGAUGUAUACAAUAACAAAGGUUAGUAUUAUUUGGCUACAUCCAUAUUCUUCCUUAAUAAUUUUCUAAAUAAAUUCAGUUACCGGCAGACACAUUUUAUAGAAGCUAUGUGACCACGACCAGGGACAAUUGGGCAUGCCCCAGGUUUUUAAGCUUGUUUUGGGUUAUCGUGGCAAACAAAUGAAAUUGCUAAAGUUCUCUUAGAUACAAACUCUGAUCAUGACAAUUUCUUAGAAAUUAUCCUUUUGUUCUCUGAAUUCGACCCUAUAUUGCAAAAUUACAAUGAGCACUCUUCUCAAGUGGCAUAGGAAUGGUGAAACAGAAGGGGCUGCACUUUCAGCUUUUUAUGGAGAGAUGACAUUUUCAGCCAACUUCAGGUUUUUUUGUUUUGUUUUUGCUUGUUUUUACCUUUGUAGACCAGGGGCGGCAAAAAUCUUGACACUUCCAGAGGGGCCAUUGCUUCUAUCUGAAAAAACUUGAAUAUUUGAUCAAGGAAUGGAUCCGAUUAAAAAAUUUAUUGCUGUUAAUGUGUUUUCAAAACCAUGUUGAAUUGUUUUGGCUAAAGAUUUGUAAGAUCGUUGCAAAUAUGGCAUGCUUUGAUCUGAUGCAUUUCGACGAACAAGAUAGUCUCACAUGAACACUGAAAAUUUUUAGCAACAAAUUUAGUAAUUUGGCCCUUAAUUGUACCUGAGACUCAGGCCUACUUAAACAUUCCUCCCUAUAUAUUCAACAAGUCCCAAGCCUUUUCAUGAAAUCACCCAGUCAGUUUCAGUCUCUUGAUCUGCCCAUGACCCCAAUUUAUUAAAGAAAAGUGAGACUGACCCUGAUACAGUUUAACAAUUUUUAAAAGAACGGUAAAUGAAAAAUCAGUAAUUUCUUCAUUUGCAGCUGCUAUUCUGAAGUAUGAAAACAAUGUGAUGAAUAUUAGACAGUUCAACUGCUCACCCCACCCGUAUUGGCUGCCAAAUUUCAUGGAUGUAUUCACAUGGUCUUUACCUUUUGUAGGAGAGAAAGGUAACAAUUACGUUCAAGAAUUAAAUCCUUGUGUGAUUUUUAUAUUUAGUAUGUGAGAUUAAAUUUAUUUAAAAAACACAUAAAUAAAUUUUACCUUUUAACUGUUGUUUUUCAGCAUUUGACAUCACUCAGUAUUUUCUUUUUCUUUAAACAACCAAUCCAGGAUGCGUUGAAAUGAACACAUUAUAUAAAAUAUUUUGUAAGCGAUGACAAGAUUCUGUCUUAUCAGAAUUGUAACAUCUAUUUAAAUAGUAGAAUUAUAUCUUUAUGAAAAGUAUUAUUCGGGGGGGGGGGGGGGGGGGGCAAUUUGAUUGUUUAGUGGGGCGAUUCGAAUUUGAAAACAAACCAUCUUGAGGUGCAUGGGAGGGCCACACAUAGUUUCAAAAUCUUAAAGUCUAUGUUUACUCCUCAUUCUGCAAAUGUCAAUCGUACUCUUGAGGCUACCUAUGACACUCAUAGCUUAAUCUUGUAAAAAUCAUACUAUAGGAGAGAAUUUAAUCAAACCAUCAAUAUCAGCAUUUCUUAAAACUGUUCUGGAAAAAGAUGACAAAGAUGUGAAAGUUGUGUCACUCUGUAACAAUAAUGUUAGCAAAAAAAAUAUUUAAAAAUAGAUUAAAUGAUUGAAGAUUUUGAGAUACAACUUUUUGAAAAGCUGAAAACAAAAAACUUCUCAGUGCAAAUGGAUGCAUCAACUUUGAGAGUCAUUGAAGCCAUACUAAUUACUAAAAAUGUAUUGAUAAGGAGAUUUGCUGAAGAAAUAUUAUUCUGUAAAUCAUUAGAAAGCAACACUCCUGCCAAAGGUAUAUAUAAUGAGCUAAAAAAAAAUUACUUUGAUAGCAAUAAUAAGCCAAAAAUAAAACAUCUUGUGCUGCAGAUGGUGCUCCUAAUAUGAGAGGGGGGGGGGGCUGCUUUAAAAUGAUAAAAAAUAAAUGGAAUGAUAAAUAAUUAAAACAUAAGGGAAAAUCUUUCAUUUUGCCCUUGAAUUACAGUUCUCCAUAUGUUUUACAAAAUUACUUAACUUUGUUUCCUUAAAAAUUUCUUUGUUAAAUCCUAUUCAUUCUCACUCCUUUUUCUUUCUUCCUAAAACCUGUCCUUUAGUUUUCAUUUAGUGAGAUUCAAUGUUUGAUUAUAAAAAUUGUGUGUGUGUGUGUGUAUAAAUAUAUAUGUGUGUAUGUAUAUAUAAAAUGGGGGGGGGGGCAUAGGAAUUUUAGAAAUGCUUAGGUGGGGCAUGGCACAAAAAAGGUUGGGAAACACUGGUGUAGAUAGUUAUUCCAAGUUAGAUUUGUAUCAUUUCAUAUUGAAGCUAAAUUGUGUGUGGGUGAAAAAAAAACAAUAUAACUUAAGAUGGUGCAGUUAUGAACUUAGAGACCUCAGUAUUAGGUGGCUUUAGUGAGACAUCUGGAGGUAAAUAAGUCUGAGAUAUGCUAACUUCAUUUCAGAAGCAUGAAAUAGGGAUGAUUUACAUAUUGAGAUAGAUCAGUAUUUGAUACCUGUUGUAUGGAAAAUAAAGUAUUCACUUAUCUCUGAAAUCCCAGUGACAGAAAUGCUUGUGAACAUACUCAAUAUUUGUUCUGAUGAUGAAUUAGUGGCAGAAGGAGAAGCUGACUCUAUGGAAGGUAAGUCCUUCUCGUUUUGUAGUUCAAGUGAGCUUGAUCUUUGUUUUCUGCAUUUAUUGUGAAAUUUCACUUUUUAAAAUAUAUUGAAAGAUUUUAAUAUUUCGUUUGGUCUGUUUGUACCUCUGUUUAUUGUGCUUUUUAUGAUUGGUUUCUUUUGGGUAAGCUAGUACCAUUGCUAAUUGGGUCUGGAUUUUACGUGAUGGAGGGUUGAAGUAGGUCAUUUCCUGAUUAGGUUUGUUUUGUUUUUUGAAUAUUUAUAAAGUGUGUUUGAGCAUUGUUACAGUGAAGAGACACCACUCAGAAUUUUGCAUUCUCCUGAUUAUUUGAAAGUUUUGUUGUUUUUUUUUUUUUGUUUGUUUUUUUUUUAUUUUUAUUACUUUUUGCUUGACUAGUGUUUAAUAAUUUCACAAGAGGUUUUUGAGACUGCUCCUGUUUUGGGGUUCAAAAAUCAUUAGUAAUGCAUGUUAAACGUUCAGCAUUCCUGAAUUUUUUCUUUUUCUUUAUUUUUUUAAAGUUUUUUUUUUUUUUUUUUUUUGUUUGUUUUUUUUUUUAUUAUUAUUACUUUUUGCUUGACUAGUGUUUAAUAAUUUCACAAGAGGUUUUUGAGACUGCUCCUGUUCUGGGGUUCAAAAAUCAUUAGUAAUGCAUGUUAAACGUUCAGCAUUCCUGAAAUAUUUUUGAAACACCGACUAAGAAUUUAUAUUAAUUUUUCCUGUUUUUUUUAAUUUAUUAUUUAUUUUUUAAAUUUAUUUCCGUGUGAUAAUUUUUGUUUAGUCAAAUAUAAUUGUAUUUUAAUUUCUCAAGAGUAUUUCACUGAGUUCUUCUUUCUUUAUUAGAUGUCUCCUAUAACCGACUGUAUAAUUUACAAAAGGCUUGUAGUAGUAAUAACAUGUCAGCAUUUUUCAGUGAAUGAUUUGGUAUUUAUUGUUAAGUGAGUUCUAUAACAUUGUAGCAAAUAUUAAUAAGUUGCCUUGAAAUCACAACCUUUUACCGUAAAAUUUUUAUUUACAUUGUAAGAUGCCUUAAAUACAUAUAUAUUUAGCAGCAUUCUCGUUUCUCUAAAAGGGUAUAAAUUAUGUGGUUUACAUAUAAAUAUAUUUAUUUGAAAAUUUUAGCUUAGAAUUGGAUCGUGUAUUAGUGGAAAUUUGUAUGUAGACUGUAUCAGUAGUUGAAAAUUGUAAUGCUUCCCCUGGAAGGUUUUAAAAUACUUCCAAGGUCCAUCCUGUUGGUGCAAUACAAAUGUCAUGGAUAUUGAUUCAUCUAUAAUAUGGUUGUGAAAUCAAGUCAUCUAUUUAGCUCUAAUACAGAGAUUCAGUUUACAAUGGGCUCAAACAAGAGCCAGCCCAUUGUAAUUUUUGUUUUAUUGAAUCAAGUGUAACCUGGCACUUAUUGUUAUGAAUUCCUUGGUUCAAGCUGCAGUUUUUUUAAAAUUUAAGUGUUCAGAUGAAGUAUUUCAUCUGUGACCUGCUGCAUUUAUGUGUACAUGAGUAAAGCAUGUACACCCUGGGCAUUUUGUCGCUUGUAGUAUAUUUUUAAGGGGUUGGUAAAAGUCUUAUUACUUGUCUUUAUGUAUAAAUUACAUGUCUCAUGUUCCUUAAGCUGAUGUUGUUUCACAGCACUUUUAAAGAAAACAGCUCUAAGAAAUUAACGGCAGUAAUUUUUUUAAGUUAGGUUGUGACCUUACAUACUUCAAUAUCUAGUGUGGUUAUUCAGAUCUAUUCUGAUUGUGAAACAGUGAUGUAAAUAUGCUGAGAAGAGAUGUUUUCUUUUAUCAGGCACUCACUGAUAUACGUCUUCUGUUUGUUUUUUCUGUAUUGCUUCCAAAGGUGACGGUGCAAACAAGAGCAAAUCUCAGGCAAAUUUUGACCUUAGUAAGCAAAAUUUGUUGGUGCACGCCUCUUGUGACUGUACCAGCUCCUACCUGAUACUUGAUUAAUACUGAAAGUAACUGUCAAAUUUCAGUGUUAACUCAUAUUUUAUGGUGUUGUGUGGUCGGCCUUGCAGUCCAUCCUCGCUCACCAUAAAUAAAGAAAGUUCAUUUUAAAAAGUUUUCCAUCUUAACUACUCCAUAGACUGUCAUGUGCCAGCUGGUUGUUUUGUUGCCCCCUUGAGUAGUGUGCAUAUUUUAAUAGCCAUUUGUGGUUAGUCCUUAGCAUAGAAUACUUUGCUAAUACUAAUACAUUUAACAACCUCCAUUGUUGGUGUGUGGUUUGUUUUUUUUGUGUAUUGACACAGUCAUCUCAGCUUAUAGUUUAGUUCCCCACCCCAUUUUUUGUUACCACUACUAUACAAUAAGCAUCUUGACCUAGUAGAAGUUUUGUUUAGCUAUGAAGCUUUUCAGUCCCGUGUUUGCCCCCUUUAUUGUCCAGCAGCCUAGUGUGAUAGUUGUUUCUAAUGUAAUUAUUUAUUAUACGCCCUAAUGUCGGUCCUGACAAAAUAGUGGCAUGCUCAUUGAUUGAGGAUUUGCUUAUUAGCCCUUUUUUUUCUUCAAUUCCUUGAUUCGCUCCUUAUGAAUGAAUUUCUUUCUUUUUUUUUUUUUUUUUAAUAAGAGUUUUUUUUUCCAAUUCUGGUAAAAUUAGAUUGAGCACUUUUAAUCUUCUUUCAGUAUAUUACUACUGUUUUACUACAUCUCAAACUAAAUCCUAGUCUCUAAAUUAUAAAAUGAUUACAAGUUUUCUGAAUUUCAUAAUUUAUUUCUGGCAGCUCUUAUGUAAAGGCUGUCCUCUUAAAUGUUAUUAAAGGCCCAUCCAUUCUUAAAGGGUAAAUGGAUUGAACAUAACUGUUGUUCUUUAUCUUUUUUUUUUGUUUACCUUUUUAGUACAGUUGUUUCGUGUAAUUAAAGAGGUAUUUUAGAAUGUGUAACUUGCUUUUACUGUAUGGAUUAUAUACUGAUCAACUUGAGCUGAAUUAUGAUUGAAUGUAUAUUUUUGCAGCAUAGUAAGAUAGAUUUUUUUAGAAUUAUUAGUUGGUUUUUAAUGCUGAGUCUGCAUAAGCUUUAAAUGUUGUUUUGUUUUUUGCUGCUAGUUUGUUUGUUUUUUCCGGGUGGAGAUUUCUAAUCCUAAGGGUCAUUUUGCAGUUAAGUUUUUUGUCUUAACUCUGACAAAGCUAACAGAUUUGAUAAAAUUCUAUAUCUAAAUAAAUUGUACCUGCUAAGAUUUUAGAAAGGAUCAAUUUAUAAACUAGGCUGAGUUAAAGUGAUUUCCCCAAAUUUUAAUUUGGAUGGGUGGACUUGUUUAAGUACUCAUUUUUCUUGAAUCUGUAAUUUGGAGAAAACACCUUGGUUUUGGUAUUGUGCAAGGGUACUCUGCAAAUGUAAAAUAAUAUCUUCUAUCAUUUUUAGUGUGCCCAUCUCCAUAUGAUAUAUUAUCAACCACACAGUAUGGUUAAACAUAAAGUUAAAAUGCAUUAAGUCAGGUUAUUUUAACAUCUACCAGCGUUGCUAGUUACUUUAUUUAGAUACAGUUGCUGCUUCCUUCUCUUUCUUACCUUUUUUUUUUUUUUUUUUUUUUUUUUUUUUUUUGUUUUUUUUUUUUUUUUUUUUUUUUUUUUUUUUUUUUUUUUUGCUUCUUCCUUUUUUUUUUUUCUUUUUUUUUUUUUUUUUUUUAUUAUUUUUUUUUAGGAUGUUUCUUUUUAUAUCAGAAUGUUUCUUUUUAUAUCUAUUAGGUUCAGUUGAAGUAUUUUUGAUGGACUAAGUGUUCACUGAGGAUUUGUUGUAAUUUUGAUUCCCUUUUUUUCUUCUUUGUUUAACUUAGCUUUACUCUGGCAGUUCUCAAAUUGUGAAUUAUUUAAAGAUGGAUAGAAACACAAAAUUAUAUGGAUCAUUUUAACUGGAAUUGUGUUAAAAUAUAUUUAGAACUGCCUGUUCAAGUUACAUACGAUUUUUAAAAAAAGCUUGAUAAGUUUUGAGUGCUCAUACAUCUUUCCAUUUUAAAAUCCUUAAUGAAGUGUUUAGAACAAUAACUUUAAAUGUCAAGUGUCUAAAGAUGAUCUGAGUAUUUCAUUUAGUUUGACUCUCAUCAGAAUAUAUAGGACAUGUGACCUCUUAUCUGUUGGAGGGGUGUUUAUUUUAUUUUUUGAUUAAAUUUUUACACCAUUGCGUCUCAAAAUCAUGAAAAGUGAUCGGUUAACAGUUGACCAGUCUGCACAUUUUUAAAAAUAUUUUUAUUGCUGACAAAACAUAAAAAUUAGGGGUAGGUUUGUACUCCAAAAUGGAUUAUUUCUGCGGGUUCGGUCCAUAACACUGAAAGGUAUAAACAGUCUUCCAAAAUUUUUAAUUUCUGCAGGUCCAUAACUGAAAUGUCUGAUGAGCAGCAAAAAAAAACAAAAAAAAACCAUUGGUCAUUUUGCUAGCAAUUGAAAAUGUUUUCAGAUUUUCAUAUCUCUGUGUGACAGUUUUGAAAGAAUGAUCUCUCCUUUAAUGUGAAUGUGGAUAUCAGUGGAUUCCUGAGAUGGCAGAUGUGGACAUUGUGCUGUGAUAGUUUAAAAGGGUAUUAAAUGUAAUUUUUUUUUUUUUUAAGCUUGUGUCAUUAAAUUUGAAUAUUUUAAUUAUAUUCCAGUUAGCCUCUUCACAUUUCUUCGUGAAUUUCAAAAUUAAGUGUUGAAUGACAUCAUUUAAGCUCAUUUCAUAUGAGUUACAAGUCAGUCAUAGCAUUAAAUAUAUCCUAAGUUGAAAAAUAUAGUGAAUAUUCUUGCUCUGAAAUAUCUGGCUUUGUUGUGAUUUCUUUUAUCUAUUAUCCUAUUGUAAAUGUUUGUUGGUUGCUGGUUGUUUCACUUCUAAAUAAUGGGAUAUCAACUCAAGAAAUAUUGGAAACUUGAGGCUUACAGUAACUACAAUCAUAAAUGGUUAAUUGCUCCUCUUUUUGUUUGCCAAAGAACAGAAUUUUAUGGUCUUCCUUGUAAUAUUGCAACGUCUUUGGUGCCCCAUGUUGUAAUGAAUUUGAAGAAUGUAAAUUAUUUUUAGUUGCUAGCAUCAUAUUUUGUCUGCAUUUACAUUGUCUUAAAACGGACAAAUAAUUCAAAUAUCCUUUUCUACUUUAAUCUGGCAAUUUUUCAUGUUUAAUAUAGCCUUCAACUGGACAUUAAGAGUGUUAUCCUAUAAUUGAAUUUCCUAACAACUGUAUUUACUUUGUGCAGACACACAAAUAUCCUGCUUAAGCACUGUUUUCAGUGGGGUAUGACUUUUUUCUGGUUUUAUUUUUAUAUGCAAACUUAAAUAUGACUGUUUUUUUUUUAUAUAUUGAAAGAAAGUGGGGGAUGGGAAGUGAUAUAUUUUUAAAAAGGGGGACGGGGAAGAGAAGAAUGAGUUUGUCCCUGGUCUCCAAACAGUCAAACUACACCUGGUAAUAAAAUUCAUAUCUGCUGUUUUUAUCCGGAAAUCUUUUGAAAAACAUCCUGCAGUCAUAAAUAAAUUUUGCUGAUGCGUAUAAUCAUUUUUACUUUCAAAUCUAUUAUCAUAUUAUGGUUUUAAAAAUUAUUCUGCUUUGCUCUGUAAAUGACAUAAACUUAGGGUUAAUAAUUUCAAUUUUCUUUUGGGUGCCAUAUCUUUCACACCUUCACUCAAUCCAUAGGUGCCAAAACUUUGGAAAGCCAAAACUGUUGCUCUUCCUAAGUUAUUGAAUUACUAUUUAAAUUAUUGAUGCUUUCUGCAUACCAACAAAUAAGCCAUAUGUUCCCUUUUUUAUGUUGUCUUUAUUGGUUAAUUCAAAGCAAUGAGUUUUAAUUUCACACUUCAAAAUAAGUUUGACUGUCACAAUUUAUCAUCAGUUUUUAUUUUAUUAGCAUUGGACAAAGUUAGGUGCAGUAAUUUGUACCUGAAAGCUUACAGCAGGUUAGAAUUAUUAAAAGUAAAUAUAGCAUAAAGUCUCUCACAUUUACCCUCGACUUAAUGGGUGAGAGGACAGUAAUGGAAAUCAACAAAAUCUGAAUAAAAGAGGGAGAUCACAUCAACCGCUUUUUUAGUAAACAUUUUACUGCUCUGAUGAAAACACAUUUACUUUUAUUCAAUCUAGUUUUAAGAAUAAACCUUUUAACAGAUACUAUAUGCUUUUUACAGGUAAUGUAUUCCUUGCUUAGUAGAGGUCGCAACACUUGUUCCUUUUGACAAAACCGGUAUUUUCUAUAUUGAAGUUAACCAAUACCGGAAUCCCUGUAUUUUCUAUAUUUAUAGGAUUUUUAGUUUAGAUUCAAGAUUAAAGGUUAGGAUUUAUCAAUGAAAUACAAACAUUUAGAAAAAAUUAUCACAUUUUAAUAUUUAAUAAGCUUUUAACAUUAACACAAAUGUUUAACUUCAGACUUUAAGUUUAAUCCAACGAAAAAAAAUAAUAUUCGUAACUUUUGAAAUUUUAAAAGUUUUAUUAAUCAAAUAUUGAAAAUCAUGUAAAUAUUUUAAUCUUUAAAUGUUUCAUUUAAAUAAUGAAAUCGUAAAAAUGACCAAGUGUAUAAUGUUUGAUCACUUAACUUUUGACCGCAAAUUAAAUGAUUACAAAAUUAACGUGAUGAAGAGAACACCCGCUCUGACUCCACACUGGUUGGAGGAAUAGACCUUAGAAUAUCAUACGCUAAUUCUAGAUAUUUUCCUCUUGAACCGCCACUCUUAAAGCCAUGUCUACUAUUACCAAUGUAUCAAUGUCUCCAUACGUUGGUCUGGAAGUAUUAUCCAGAGCCUCAGUUUCUUUUGUAUUUCAAAUUCUAAUUGUCUCUUAAGCGGCUGUGUAUCUUCAAGUUCAUCCUCCUCAGAUCCAAUAUGUUCAAUUUCAUUGAGCAUAGAUAUUUCCAACGAGGAAGCCGCUGUCUGACCAAGCUUUUGAAUAUCCACGAUAUGUUUGCGCAUCUGGUCGCAAUCUGGCCUUAGAAAUGCGUCCAAGUAGUCGCUGGAAUGUGCAGACUUUAAAUGAGAUUGUAAUGUUUUAACUAUCUUGUUACAUCUAAUACAUUUAGGUGAUGAAUAUCCGUAGCUUUCAAGAAAUAAUACCAAACUGAUGUCUUUGUUUCCGAUUGUUUCAUAUGCUUUUCAAAUUUAGGUUUAUUUUUUUCAGGGUUCCCCAUUUUCCUCUAUCAACCUGAAAGGAAAUUAAUCAUUAAGACAAAUUUAUUAAUCAAAUUGGUUUGACGUGUACAACUUUUUUUUUUAAUGUUUAAAUUUUCAUGUAAAUGUUUGGCUAGGUACUGUAUAUCUGGGAAAUUUAGCCUGAGACAAAAUAGCUCGAAAAUCAAUUAUAAGGUUAAUGUAAUUUAUCAUAUAAUAGAAGUAAAUUAAUUUUUACGUGUCUUAAACACAAGGUAUUUUGAUUAUCAAAAUACUGAUUUACUCAUAUUUAGGUUUUUAGGCAUAAUUCAAAGAAAUAAAGCAAUCAAAAAUUAUUUUUUUAAUUUUAAAGUUGACCCCGUGAUUGGAGUACAACGUGUUAUUGUUUCCAUACAAAUUCUUAAUGGAAGUCAAAAUUUGAUCAUCAUUCAAUCACUUAUUGUCAAUAAUAUAAGAACAUUUACUUACCAAUCCUGUACGUUCACGUCGUGACUCGUCUCCACUUACGCCCUUUAUAUGCGCGAUGAAAAAACAAAAUUAAUAACAUCAUGAUUCUUGAAAAAUAAGAGUAUACAGAUCUAGCCAGAUCUUUGAACUUGAGACACGUGGGGUGAGGGAUUUGCACAUCACACAAAUUAUUGAUAUGUUUUGCUUUAACUACGACUUGGAAACUAAGAAAAUCGAUUUUAUUUUAAAUUGAAAAUGAAAUCCCGGGAUUAUCGAAAAUCCCGGGUUUUCAUAAAUCCAAUCCCGUGUUUUUCGAGCUUCAAUUAUGGUCUGGUAUUUUCGAAUUUCGGGAUCCGGAUUGCAACCCCUAUUGCUUAGAUAAACCGUAAAAGAAAUGUUAACUAUUUUAUUCCAGAUUAAAAAUGAAACUACUUCCUGUUUUCUUUAAUGGCACUUAAAGGAUGUCUGAUUGAUUCCCAGUAUAGCUUUAUACAUAAAUAUUGCCAAUUGCAAUGAUUGAAUACUAUUUCAGUAUUUUAAAACGUUAUCUAUAGCAUAGUAUACACAUAAAGUUUGUCAUUCUGUUAAAACUUUAUUCAAAAAACUGAAUUUUGAUCUCUUUUUGUCCAUCAGGGCAAGUCUUUUUAUUUUACUAAAAAUUGGUCUUGCGUAUUUUUUAUUCAAUAAUUCUUGAACAUAUAUUGACCUUUUGCACAGUUUUGAAGCGCUUUGUAUUUAUGCUGUAACAUACUCAUUUGAUAAAUUUGCAUAAAAUUGGGUAUAAUUUGUGGUAAUUAAGCUAUAAUUGACAGUUUAAGUUGAUUGAUUUAAUGUCUGGAGUUUUAUUAUCUUUUUUCCCCUUAAAAUUUACCAUCCCUUAUAGCUUUUUUAAACAUUUGUCUAGCAUUAUAAUAUAUUUCAAAGUAAGUGAUGGCACGUUGUUAAAACUUUUCUUAAAUAGUAACUUGCUAUCUUUAAUGUCAACCCAGCCUUAAAUACAAUCCUUCUCCCUGUUCUAGAAAGUCUCUGCCUUAUUUUAAAAAUAUGAGAGCAUAAAAAGUUCUGCUAUCUGGAUAUAUAAUUGCAAAUAUGAGGUACACUUUAUGGUCAUGCUUACACGCUUUUUAUUUGUGUAAACAAGUUAUUUACUUGUGUAAGCUAAAGUUGACAGUAAGCAUGCAAUAAAUUUAAAGACAUUUCUCCUAGCAUGGAACUGUUACAAAGCAUACUUCAGAGCCUUCACCAUUUUCUGGCUAAGUUUUGUAUAAAUACUAAUAAGAUUUGAAAGUUUUUGUAGUUCUGAAAGUCUGCGACUUCUGGCUCAAAACUUGUGCAAUUGAAAACAAAUAACAUUUGUGUUUCUACUGAUCAUAAUAUCAUCAUGUCAGUGAUUAUCCCAGUAAUCUUAUAUUUAACCUCUAAAUCUCAUGUACAUACUGUAUGCCUAACACAAGCAAUUAUUCUGACUUUGUUAUAAUUAAGCUAGAGAACUAAUUAUUAAACAUUUGAAUUGGUUUUAGUUAUUUUUGAGAAGUGUAAAAGUUGAGGAUUUUAUUGGAAAAUUGUUGUUCCAUCUCAAAGCUGUUGUUGCCGGUUAUGUUAUAUAAAAUAUACUUGAUUUCUAUUUGUCAUUGUCAGGAUUGAAAGAUUGAAUCAUGUAUGAGCAACGUAUUUUUUAAAUUUAGAAGUGGAAAUAAUGUAAAUUGUAAUAUUUUUUAAAGAUGUUUGAAAAUUAAUUUGUUGUGGUAGUUACAAUGUGCUUUAUUUUAAAGCAGUUUUAUUAAACAGAACUUAACUGUUAACAGGGUAGCUGAUUGUAAAAUUUUAGUUUUAAAAAGCUUAGUAUAGGAUUCUCUGCUUAGUCAUUUUCUAGCCAGAAAUUAACUUUUUUGUUUCUUUUCAGUAGCUGCAAGGAAGGAAGUCAUUCGUAACAAGAUCAGAGCUAUAGGGAAAAUGGCCAGAGUAUUCACUGUUUUGAGGUAUUUUAUAACAAGAUAUUUUGGUGCAGUUUGAGUAGGGGUUUUGGAUAUUGCAUUAACAGUUUGCUGGGUAGUAGUCUGCGAAAAAUAUUUUGAAAUUGAAAGGGUGUUCCAUACAGCAAGAAAUUAUCCUAGAAAAUUUACUUGGAUUAUCUCAUCACACUUUACGUACGGUACUACAGGACUCUCCACAUUUCGCCAAUUUAUCACAAAUGUCAAUGUCACAACACCUUGACUCUGCUCUUCCAUGUAACUUGAUCAGAGCUCAUUUUUUGGACCAUAUAUACAUUUGUACCAGUUCUCCUAAGUGCUAAUUCGCUGAGUAAUAUUAACAGUGAUUGUAGAUAAAAAUGAAAGGCAAAAUAAAGCAUAAACUAGGGUUUUGUGUGUUUAUAUAGUUUAUUUUGAAUCAAGUAUACAUUAUCGAAUGUUUUGUUGUUAUAUUUAUCUGUCCUCAGAUUUUGAAGGAUAAUGGCCCUUCAAAACAAUAGCACAAUUUAUUUGAAUUAUUUCUUGAUGAGAGUGAAUUUGUUUGCAGAAUUUAUGGUAGUGAAUUUGUUGGCAGAAUUUAUGGUAUUGAUAGAGACAAGCCAGCAGUUAACUAACAAGCUAGCAUUCAUGUUAUUGAUUUGAAAUAAGUGGGGAAUGUGACUACUCUAGCACUUACUGUAUUAAUGAUAAAUUAAAAGCAAUUAAUUUAAAUAUAUGAAGGAAUUUUUAGGUCACAGAAGUACAUUUAAAUUAAUCAACCCGUAAAAACAUAUUUUUUCCUUUGUAAAAUGUAACUAUGAGCAAUGGGGGGUGGGGCUGAAAAUUUGACAAAACAUGCACACAUGUAACACACUUUAUAAGAAUCCCAAUUAGUCUGUCAAGAUUUGUUUCAGAAAACCCUUUACACAAUUGUACUCAUUGUAUAAAAGCCAUAUAAAAGUCAUCUUAAAUAAUUAACCAAAUUCAUUCAUUAUGAUUUGUUUUCAUGUGUCUUUUCUUUUUUUUUUUUCAGAAUUUGUAUACUUUAUGGGACCCAUUUUCAUUUUCUAUUAUUUUUUUAAUUUAUUUUAGUGAUACAUAAAAAAGCUACUAUUAAAACCUUGUUGCCAAAAUAUUUAUGAAUAAUUGAUUAGUGGAUUUUUUUUAAAAAUGUAAUUAUGCAUUUUUAAAUUAAAGAUUGGUGCGAUUUAUUUGGUUUAAAUUUAAAUGGACAAGGUUGAUACACCAUAAAUUAACAAAUUAUUUAGUUGAUAGUCUUCUGUAUUAACUCCUUCCAUGCCAGGGGGUUUUCCACGUUCGUGCCAGACCAGUAUUCGGCCAAUGGAAAUUUUUUUAGGGUGCUCCUAUCUAUUAAUUAAUUUUGAAUACAUUUAUUUUAGCAAGAUAGCUGUAUUUCAUAUCAAAUUAAAGGAAAUUAGACAGAGAAUAACAAUAUGUAAAGUAUAAAACAAUAUAACAAUAAGUUAAAAGUUUUAGGUAAAAUUGUGAGAUAAACAAAUUUUAUGUUUUUAAAAUUGCACACCAAAUCUGAACUAAUCAGACUACCAUAUGGUCUGUGUAGCUGAUAUCCUAUUCUGCUUCAAUCCCCAAAAAGUAUAUCCAUUUUUUGAUCAUAUUGCAUUUUACAUUUUGAAAAUAUUCCAUUUUUUUAUAGAGUUAUACCCAUUUUUGUAACGUUAGGAGUAUUCUUACCUGAAUCCUCACUGUUGCCAUAGUAAUAAAGUGGUUUUGAAAAAAAAUCAUAACUUCUGAACUACUUGAGCUAGAAAGUUGAUCUGGGUGGUUUUUUUUAAAUCCAUUCUCUAGGCUCUAUACAUUCGUGGUAUUUUUAUAUUUUUAAAAAUGUUUUGAAAUUUUUAUGAAAGUGCCGACAGUCACCACUAUUUACUAUCACCAUUCUAUUACUAUUUCCAUUUGGCAUUUACAGACCCAUCAGAAUGCUGAAAAUCAUCAUUGGAAUCAGAUUCAAAUGAUUCAUGGUUAUUGUCUGUUGUUUCAGCAUCAAUAAUUAGCAAUAAAAGUUUUAUUGUUUGCAAAAUUGACUACCAACGUGGUCUAGCAACAGCUGACACGCUUGGAGUGGGCGUGGCCAUGGCUUUGUUUACAAAAGGUUCAACACAAAUUGAACUAUUAUUAGAAAAAACACAUGCAAACAUGCCCUACUUCUUAAAAAAGGGAAGUAGUAAGAGUUAUCCUUCGUUUAAGAACAAAAGAAGUCGGAUUAAAAGCCAGAAGAAACGAAAUAAACUACAUAAGUGAUAACGACAGUAUACUGUGGGUUGGCACGAACGCAACCAGUUAAAUCAACAGUAUACUGUCGAUUUGGCACGGAAAGAGUUAGUUAGAGAAAAAAUGUAUUACUUAUUUAUAGUAUUAUAGCUGAAAAUUGUUUGCUUUCUAUUUUAAUCAGGGAAGAAAGUGAAAGUGUGCUACAGCUCAAAGGUCUUACACCAAAUGGACUUCUUCCACUAGGUGCACUCUCGGGUGGAAAAGAUACUCUAAGCAGUGGUAAGUACUGAGUAUAGCAUCAACAUAAAUUGUCAUUUUGUACUGAAACAAGAUGUCUUUCAACUUUUUUCAAAUGGUUUCAAUAUUAUUUUCUUAAUGUAAAGCUUAAUUUUCAUCAGUCAGCAUUAUUUUGUAACUUAUAAAGGCAGUCAAUUUUAUCAGGAAAUACAUCAUUUUCAUGGAUUAUAUGCAUAAUCAAAAUAGUUUUUUAAAUUAAUCUUAUCUUGAUUUGUAAUUACUCUUUUAUUCAUUAUUUAGGUUUUUAAAAGUAUAUAAAUUGAUAUACACCAGAAUAUGUGUUCCAACUUCUUAUAAAUUUUAUUGAAUGACAUCAUUGAAAAAUAAACCAUCCUGACCUGUAGAUGAAACUAUUUUAACUCAAAUAAAAUUAAUUUAAAUUCAUAAUCUGUUCCUCCAGCAUUGAGUGGAUUUUCUCCUAAUCACAAAAUCAGUGGUUUUGAGGAAGCCAAAUGCCUAGAUAAGAUGAAUGAGAGGAUGCCACCUAGGAAGGAUGCUGUCAAUUCAAAUAAUAAGGAACACCCAAAGUCUUAACAAGGACUCCACACCCUCAACUUAUAUACUUUUUAUAAUUAUUGUCAUGUUUUUGUUCAGCUUGAUUAUAUCUUGUGACUGUGUGAGUGGUUUUUAUUAAAUUUUUGUUUGUUUGUUGAAAGUCUGGGCGAUCUGUCAAUAAAAGACUGCUAACACAGAUUUAUGGCCAUAUAAAUUUUGAAAGGGAGAUUUAUAUGGUGUUUUCCCCUCAUAAAUUUUAUCUUUUAUCAUGUCUGAUAAAUAUAAAAAUCUUUCAUAUUUUCAUUUGAUUGUCAUGGGUUGCAAUUAUAAAUUUAGAUUAUUCACUUAAAGUUGUAAAAGUGAGCACUUCUUUACACACAUUUUUAUUUGAAGCAAUAGCUCUUCAGAUGUUGAUGACUUGGUUUUAUAGAAAUCUUAAAUUAUUUUUUUUUAUUAAAGGUGUAUACAAAUUUGGUCAGCUCUCUCCUGAGAUUUGCUUAUUGAUUCUAUAUAAUAAAGCUGUACUGACUUGGUGCAGGCUUAAAGUUUAGCUUGAUUUGGUACAUUUUAAAGAGUUGGUGGUGUCUUAAGCUUUUUUGUAGUGUAGUGAAAGGUUUUGUAGAAAGUUAGUGCUCAUUUUCAUUUAUUUUUAUUCCAUUGUAUAGUAGGUGUUAAUGUGAGAUGUAGACCAAUAAUUUGAAAUUAUCAAUAAUUGACAAUUCUAAUCUGCACUAACAAAAAUUUAAUUGCAUUGACAGCUUUCUAGUAUAAGAGCAAUCUCAUCACGUAAUCUCAGACUUGUAGAUUUGUUUCAUCUUGUUUAUUUCACUUUACUUUGAAGUCUCAUCUGAAACCAACAAUUCUUAUUUAAAUUGAAUGAGUGUUUCUUCAAUUGCAGUCAUCUGUAAAUAAUUUUUUUUUUAAAUUGUCAAACUAGAGAUUCUUUGAGGUAAAUUAUUUCUAAAAUAUUAUUUUAAAGAUUAGCCAGUGAAGAAAACUAAGCGUCUAGUCAGUGUGAUUUAUGUAUUUUUUUCACUUACUUUGUAACUUGUAUUCUGGUGUUUAAAAAUUUAUAACCUCAACAGUUAUUAAAUUUAAACUAUGUCAACAAUGGUCAGCACUUAAUUUGAUCCACUAAACUAGUUUUCUCUGUACUUUAGGUUUAAGGACACUGGAAUUUCUAAUUGAGAUUAGCUGUCUUAUUAUUAUUUCCAAGAAUUGAACCCAAAACAACUCAAUAAUACAACAGUUCAAUGACAAUAAGGGGCAGAAUAGUCAGUGAGAAUUACUCUGCGAGCAAGACUUAAAAUGGAAUUGUUAAUAAACACAUCUAUUCUAGUGCUGAAUAUGCGAGCUACAGCAGUAUAUGUACGUAACUGGGUUUUUCCCCCUUAAGACUUUUAUUAUUUUUUUCUUUAAUAAUAAAAUAUCACUUUUUUGUGAGCAUUUAAAAUCUCAAAAUGUAUUUUUAUUGUUUUCAGCUACAACAUUAAAUGAUUUCUAGUAGAGCUCAAAAACUUGUAAGAAAUGCAUCUUUGCUUAAUUCACCGCACACUGAUUCUGUUAGAAAUUAUCGAAAUUUUCUUUGCUUUUAAUGGCGCGAUUGAUAAAAAGUCUAUGUAACCGUUACUAUAGAAAAUAAUCUGUAGUGAUAGUUAAAAGUUGCAUCUUCUUUCUUAAAAAUAGAAUGUAGUGUAACUUUAAACCGGUUGGUCAUUUUUUUUAUAGCACUUUUUUUUUAAAGAAUCUUUUCAUUUAUGUCAAGAACUGACAUGCUUUUUAAAAAAAAUUUGUUAUCCUUUUUUGAAAACAAAGCUUAAAAUGUUGAAACUUAUUUCUAGUCUGUAUGAUAUAAACCUCCUGUAUUUAGAAUCAAUCAUAAUUUAUCAUGGUCAGUUAACCCUUUAAAGUCCUGACCUAUUGGAGUUUUUAAUAUAAAGAGUAUUGUUUAUUAGUUGGUUUGUUUGUUGUUUUUUUUUUUUUACAGAAAAGGCCACAACACUGGUCAAAAUAACACAAACCUCCAUAAAAAUAUACAUUAUGCAUACUCUUUAUUAUUCAGGUAACAUAUUGUCUGCAUAAAUUGUUUUAAUAUUCAAGCCUGAAGUUAUUAUCCAGUUUAGCAAUUUCAGCCAACAAAAUCUAAUAGUGAGAAAAAAGGAUAUCAGGGUGCACCUAGUUUUGAAAUGAACUAUGGCUUUGAUAACAAGUUUAGAAAAUGUAUUUACAAGAAAAUUACAGGAGUAUGAGAUUUAUGGAGAGUACCUCAUUUUGAUCCAAGAGAUAUUUGUCGUAUCGGGUAUGUUAAAGGGAUUUGGAUUUUAUCAAUAUACAUUCUGUUGUAAUUUUUAGCUACUUUCUGAAACCAUCAGAACUUAAAUUAUCCCCCUAAAAUUGGUAAGUGCUGUGCUAGUGCUUAAUUUCAAUUUGUAUGUGUGAAGAUGUUAAUGUAAAGAUUGCAGACAAUUCUGCAUGUGUACGGUUUUUCUUAUGUGAUAUUUUGCGUUUCCUCUUUUUAAAAUUAUGCACUCCUGUUGUAUAUCCUCACCUGUCCAUGUUUAAAAUAUUUAUAAAAAGGAAAAAAACAUGUUGCUGUUUCUUGUUCGGUCCGAGUAUUUUUUAAAAACACAAAAUGCAUCUUUCAUGUUGCAAUCUUUAAAGAAUUGCUAAUGCAUAAUCUUUCAUAGCUUUUACAAAUGUGAUAUACCUCAUGUGCUGUUGUAUU